AUGGGCCCGGGUGAAGGGGAGGAAACAAGUAACUUAAAAAAAGACAUCCAGGGUCAUCUGUGGAAGCUGGAAAAUGAGGAUUUUCUUGGUUUGGAUCCUUUCCCUGGUGAGAGCCCGGAACACAGGUCAGGUGUCUGGGCAGUGAAAGGCCCCAAGCAGGUGACAGCUGACCAAGGCAGUUUGCUGGCAGUGUCCUGCAGCUAUGAGCCAGGCUAUGAGCUCAAUUCCAAGUACUGGUGCCGCCAGAGCUUCCUCUGGUUUUGCUGCACCAACAUCAUCCAAACCAGUGGCUCAGAGGUGACGGUGACACAGGGCAGGGUGUCCAUCAGGGACAACCACACAGCACACUCGUUCACAGUGACACAGAGUGGAGUCAUGCUGGGGGAUGCAGGCCGGUACUCCUGCGGGGUGAAGAGGAAACUGUGGUUCAGCACAUCCCACACCACCAGGGUGAUGGUCUCUGCAGGUAAAACUGGGCUGGAAGCAAAGCCAGCAAUAACCUCCUUCUUUUUCCUCCCCCACAGUGCCCAUGGCAUUGCUGGAUACCCCCAUCUCCACCUCCUGCACCUCCGUGGCCGAAGUCUGCUUCAACCACAACCGAAGGCAGCGAUGUGGGCUCCAGUGGCCGUGGAGAGCCUCCAGUGCUUCCUCAUCCUCAUUGCACAGACCCUACACAGGCUCUCUACACAUAAUCUCCUUUCUCCAUACAGGUACCAGCUCAGUGUCACCCACCUGCUGCUGCUCCUCAGCUUGAAAUUUCUCAUAGCCCUGGCCCUGGUGUGUGGGGCAGCCUGGAUGAGGAGCCGGCAUAGGAGCUGCAACCAGGAAAACCAACAGCUCUUUGAGGCCUCCAGCAGCACCAGGACACCAGGCUGCCCACCUCCUCUUCCAGCUACCUUGGAGCCCCAGGGACGCCCUCCUGUCCCCUCUCCUCCCACCCUGCUGGGGCCGUGCCGCCCACCACAGCCGCCCUGUGCCAGGAGGUGCUUGGCUCCCAGUGAUUCUUCCCCCCUGUGAAGCCCUGGCCCCUCCUGGCAGCCCCAGAGCUGGAGAGAGGGGGGUUUGGAGUGCAGAGAGCCUGUGUCUGCUGGGCUGCAGCUGCCAA